AUGAUCGCACUGUCGAGACACGGUUGCUUCCUGGCUGUUGCUGCCGCCGCUGUGCUGUGCCUGGCCAGCUGUGGUGCGGUUGCAUCCCCCCUUCCACGAUUGAACAUCGACAUUGACGCCAUCACAGUUGCUGGCAUCAGCGCAGGCGGAGCAUUUGCAUCGCAGUUUCAUGUGGCGCACAGCGCAAGCCUCGCUGGCGCGGCCAUCUUUGCCGGCCCGCCUUUCUUCUGCUCGCAGGCAAACGUCGACAUUGCCGUGACCUCCUGCAUGAAAACACCGGAUCUGAUUGAUGUGGACGCGCUGGCCGCAGAGGCCGUCAACGCCGCCCUGAUCAACAGCAUCGACGACACGCGACACAUGCGUGACGCAAAGGUGUGGCUGUUCACCGGCAAGAAGGACACCGUUGUGCACCCUGGUGUGGUGGAGAAGACCAAGGCCUUCUACGAGCACUUUGUCAACUCGUCCAGCAACAUCAAGAUGCACGACACCUUCCCUGCGGAGCAUGCGUGGAUCACAAGCGGGUACGGCGAGAUGUGCGACUUCCUGGGCGACCCGUACAUCAACAACUGCAGCUUUGAUGCCGUGGGCGACUUUCUCAACCACCUCUACGACGGCAAGAUCAAGCCUUCGGGCUCAUUCAACGCCAAGCACCUCCUCCGCUUUGAGCAAGCGCAGUACAUUGAGUCUGGUAACCCGGAGGCCAUCAGCUUUGGCAACGCGGGCUUUGUGUACGUGCCGAAGCAGUGUGCGAGUGGCACGCAGUGUCGCCUCGUGGUUACCUUCCACGGCUGCAACCAGGAUGUGGACACCAUCGGGGAGGAGUUUGUUAUCCACAACGGCCUCAACGAGUACGCCGAAACCAACAACCUCGUCAUCCUCUACCCACAGGUGGAGAAAUCUGCCGUGAUUCCGUACAACCCCAAGGGCUGCUUCGACUGGUGGGGGUAUGCGGGCAUCAACUUUGCUACAAAGGGCGGUGCGCAGAUCAGGGCUGUCGCAACGAUGAUACACGCCAUCACGGGCCAGUUUGGCGCCAAUCCCACGCGCACCCGCUUCCACCCGCUCCCAUAA